UUUUGACUUGGAAAAGAAUUCAAAAAAAAGAAAAAAAGUCGAGGUCGAGGCCGAGGUCGACGCGUCUCCGCGAUACCCCAAAUUCCCCCCUCUUCGCGUCUCGAUCGUCUCCUCCCCCACCUUAGCUCCGCGAAAUUCCCCCUCCAAACCCUACGAAAGCUCCCACCUUUACCCCUCUUUCGAUCGCAAACCCCGCGUUUUCGCGGUCAAAGGAUUGCCCGAGUUCGCGAUCCUCAGGAAAUCGCUCUGGGGUUUCGUCCCCGCAGCUCAAAGAUCUGUCCUUUGAGCUCGAUUGGAGGUGGCCAUCGAUGAGAUGAGAAGGGCGGAGCUGGAUCGGGAGGUGGAUGCGAGAAACGACGAGGAUGAUGAUGGGUCGGGGCACAAAUGGGAUCUUGGUCUCCGCCUACGCGUGCAUGAUCUUGCUGCAUCUCCUAGUGCCCUGUGGCUCCGCUGUGCGGCACGGUUUGAGGGAUUCACCCAAUGUGGGAGUUUCGUGGCACAUCGAUCGAACGGUGCGGCAAGUAUGGAUCAGUUGCGGACUAGAUAUGAAAAUGAUAGGGGAAAUUGGAAAAACGUUUGGUGACUCUCUUUUGGUUGAUGUUCUCCGUGAUUCUAAUGAGAUAGAUCCAAGAAAAAUGCCUUCUUUGAAAGACAGCUUAGAGGAAGCUAUUAGUAGCAUUGGACCAGAAAUUAGGCAAGAGUUUCUUGAUUGUUUAAGCAAGCAAAGUUUUACUUUUCAUGAUUCUGUCGAGGACAGUAUGACAAAUCAGUGGGCCGGUUAUCUUGAAGCUUUACUCAGAUGGAACCCUGUUUUAAGAAGAUUCUUGGUUGAGCAACCUUCUACAACUACGACAUCCUCAGUUCCUGCCUCUUCCACUGCACCCUCUCCGAGUCCUGCCCCAGUUCAUGUCUCAACUCCAUCUCCAAGCCUUACAACUCAAAACCCCAGUUUUGUUCCAGCUCCUCCGCCUAUUCCGGCUCAUUUUAGCCCACCAUCUCCUAUCGGAUUAUCCUCAUCUGCUUCCUCCAGCGAUUUCUUUCCACCAGAACAUAAAAAAGGCAGUCCACACCGUACUCCGCCUCCACCACCAAAAAAGCAAAAGAGCAACAAAAGCUCAGUUACGGUUGCUGUUGUUCUAACACUGGUGGGGACGUCGCUUCUUGCAGCUUUUCUUGCUGUUUGCUUUUGUAGAUGUCGUAGAAACAGGACAUUUAUAGCUUACAGCCAGAGGGAUGACAGCCCGCUUCUUAGUUUGAGUUUAAGCGACUUCUCUGGUUCGUCUCGAAAGUCAUACGGCCAGGCAACUCCAAUUGAUAUAAAUAAGCUGGGUGCUCUGCCAAUAAAAAGGGAACCGAGCCAAAAUGGCCGUGCUCCAUCAUUCAAGGUGAGCUCAAUUGAAACUCCGAUGACCAGAAUGCAAUCAGUAAUUUCCAACUCUUCAGUUGGGCAAUCCAGUGUUCCUAGCACUAUUACACAAGAAAAACCGCCGCCGCCGCUUCCACCACAACAACAACAAGCUCCACCACCACCACCUCCUCCGGCAAUGCCACCACCAGUUCGGCCUCCUACUCCUCCUACUCCUGCUCCUCCGCCGCCACCUCCUGGUCGAAAGCCAGGUGGUGCUCCCCCUCCACCACCAUCAAAAGCAGCUUUCCCUCCUCCCCGUCCUCCACCAGGUAACCCCAGUUCGUCGAAAGUGCCGCCUCCACCUGGUUUAAGGAAGUCUGGGCAGGAGCUUGAUACGGAUGACUCUAAUGCACCAAAAACCAAGCUUAAGCCGUUUUUCUGGGACAAAGUUCUUGCAAACCCCGAUCAAUCAAUGGUCUGGGAUCACAUCAAAUCGGGUUCUUUCCAGUUCAGUGAGGAGAUGAUUGAAAGUCUAUUUGGUUAUAACACUGCUGAUAAAACUAAGAGCAAUGGCAAGGAGACAGCACUCAAGGAUGCUUCUACUCAAUAUAUUCGGAUUCUUGAUCCCAAAAAGUCACAGAAUUUGGCGAUUUCAUUGAAAGCAUUGAAUGUUAAAGCUGAAGAGGUUUGUGACGCAGUUAUUGAAGGAAAUGAGCUCCCAAUAGAGUUGCUCCAAUCACUGCUGAAAAUGGCUCCUAGUGCUGAUGAAGAGCUGAAGAUAAGACUGUAUAAUGAUGACAUUUCCUUACUUGGACCUGCGGAACAGUUCAUAAAAAUGCUGGUGAAUAUUCCUUAUGUUUUCCAGCGGCUUGAUGUAUUACUUUUCAUGUCUUUGCUACCAGAGGAAGCUGCAAUUCUGAAGGAGUCAUUUUCAACCUUACAGGUAGCUUGUAAGGAGCUUAGAAGUAGUCGGCUUUUCUUAAAGCUAUUGGAAGCUGUUCUCAAACUCGGGAAUCGCAUGAACGAUGGCACUUUUCGUGGCGGAGCACAGGCAUUCAAGCUAGAUACCCUCUUGAAAUUGGCUGACGUGAAGGGAAUCGAUGGGAAAACAACAUUAUUACAUUUCGUUGUACAAGAGAUCAUUCGAUCUGAAGGAGUUCGUGCUGCACGGAUUGCAAGGGAGCAGGGUAGCAGCAUGUCCAGCCUGAGUUCUGAUGAUCUUGCUGACGAUUCUUUUGAAGAAUCUGAAGACCAUUACCGUACUCUUGGCCUGAAAGUUGUUUCAAGUUUAGGAGAUGAACUCGAAAAUGUGAAAAGGGCGGCAUGCCUUGAUGCUGAUGCCAUAACGAGUACCGCAGCUAGCCUCGGCCAUAAGCUCAUGAAAGUAAAAGAUUUCUUGAAUACUAGCAUGAAAAGUUUGGAGGAGGACAGUGGGUUUCACCACUCACUCAGGCAUUUCGCUGAGCGAGCUGACGGAGAGGUUACUUUCUUGCUUGAGGAAGAGAAGAGAAUAAGAUUGCUUGUCAAGAGCACUGUCGACUAUUUCCAUGGAAAUGCUGGGAAAGACGAGGGUUUGCGGCUGUUUGUGAUUGUGAGGGACUUUCUUGGCAUGUUGGAUAAGGCAUGCAAGGAGGUUAGGGAGUCACAGAAGAAAGUGUCGAAAGUUCCGAGAAGUAGACAAAAGUCGGCGCCGUCAUCAUCAUCCUCCGUCCCAGAUCCACGACAGCAUCUCUUUCCCGCAAUCACCGAUCGCAGGGUGGAUAGUUCCAGUUCUGAUGAUGAGAGUUAGAUCUACAUCCGGGAGCGCUUCGUAAGCUGUAGCAGAAAAGCCCUUCCAUGCACCGGUGAUUCUUCAUGUACUUUUAUGUUGGUUAUGUUGAUACAUACCACACAAGAGAACUCGCGAAACCAAAUGGUUCUCGAACCGUUUCGAACACGGAUCAUACUUCGGUCGGAGAUGGUUUCCGCCCCGCCACCACACAAAAUUCAGAUUUUGUUUUUUUUUUCCUUUUUGGAUUAAUUUUACACGACAUUCUUUUAGUUAGAGAGCUCCUUGGUUUUGUAAAUUCUUUUGAUGUGUUGUACUAUUCGCCGUUCUGUUUAGACACAUGUAGAAUUCCUUGUCAUUAUCAUAGCAGAUGGUUAGCAAAACAAGAGUUCCAAAUUGGAUAAUUUAAAGGUGUAUUUUGUUGACUAUUAGAGUUAAAUCCAAAGAUAUAUUUAGAUUCA